GUACGUUUAUGUCAUGUUUAUCGGUCGUUUUUGGCGCUCUGGGAUUCGUUUUCCUCAGCUGCCUGUGCAGAAGUACCUAUUAGCAGUUCCUCCAGAGCGAGAUAGUACCUUUGCAAGGUUAAGACGGCUGUUUUCGAAUCCGCUGAUAAAGGUACAGCCAUUCGGUGUGUUAGCCCUAGCAAGGGGUGAAUGUCCAAGGCACCUCCAGGCAUUCGGCUUUGAAUCCAAUGAUGAAACUGCUAAACUUCUGCUAAGGAUUGUCCAUACGUGGAUAUUACAUCGCCGUAUGCAUACAGAGGGCAUGGACACUGAGAAGUAUAUGAUAUGGGAAUAUCUAUGGGUACACAUGCGCGAUAUUUUGGUUGCACAGGAGAUACACGAGUUGCAAUUUCGAGGCAACCUUGAAGAGAUGCAACACAAAACAUUGGGUUUCUGUCUAGUGCUAGAUGAAUCUUUAGAUGAGUUGAAUAAUAACGGUAAUAACCAGCUAUUGAAAGAAAUGCUAGUCCUAUACUUUUACGACAAGAACAAAAAAAUGCUUCAGUCCAUGCAAGUCCACCUGCUCAGCAAGUAUAUACUCUCUAUGGUUGAUUUCAUAGCGCAAGUACCACUGAGGGAGUUCCGCCACGCAGCAUUUACACUACCUGAAAUCGAUCAUUUUAUCGCAAUGGAAGGGAAAUCUUAGGAAAACGGCUUGACCUUUACGUGUAUAUAAAGGAAAACAGUAUCGCUCCACAU